UUACCAUGGCGUUUGGGAAGAGUCACCGGGAUCCCUACGCGACCUCCGUGGGCCACCUGAUAGAAAAGGCUACAUUUGCCGGAGUUCAGACUGAAGACUGGGGCCAGUUUAUGCACAUCUGUGACAUAAUUAACACUGCCAGGGAUGGGCCAAAAGAUGCAGUAAAAGCUUUGAAGAAAAGGAUAUCCAAAAACUACAAUCAUAAGGAAAUUCAACUUACCUUGUCACUUAUUGACAUGUGCAUGCAGAACUGUGGUCCAAGUUUCCAGUCUCUGGUUGUGAAGAAGGAAUUUGUUAAAGACAGUCUAGUUAAGUUGCUGAAUCCCAGAUACACCUUGCCAUUACACAUUCAGAAUAGAAUCUUGAAUUUCAUUAAGACGUGGUCACAGGGUUUCCCAGGAGGUGUGGAUAUAAGUGAAGUGAAAGAAGUGUAUCUGGACCUGCUUAAGAAAGGUGUUCAGUUUCCUUCCUCAGAUGCAGAUGCAGAGGCUGAGACAGUAAGACAGGAGACUGCUCAGAUCUCAUGCAGCCCACCAGCAUCAGUCCCUACUGCACCGGCUCUUCCUCCUGUAAUUGUUCCCAAGAACUCAACUAUUUUAUUGGUCCCAGAACAGAUUGGAAAAUUGCACAGUGAGUUGGAUAUGGUGAAAAUGAAUGUGAAAGUGAUGUUCACCAUAUUGAUGGAGAAUGCUCCUGGGUCCGAAAACCAUGAAGACAUAGAGCUUCUGCAGAAACUUUAUAAGACAGGUCGGGAUAUGCAGGAGAGGAUCAUGGACCUGCUCGUGGUGGUGGAGAAUGAAGAUGUAACUGUUGAGCUACUUCAAGUGAAUGAGGAGUUGAAUAAUGCCAUCCUUGGAUAUGAGAGGUUUACUCGAAACCAUCAAAGGUAUUUGGAGGAACAUAAGAACCAGAAGGAAGCCACCAAUACUACCAGUGAGCCUUCUGCCCCAUCUCGUGAUCUCCUCUACCUAAACCCCAGCCCCCCGAUGCCUAGGGCAACUCUGGGAGAACAGAGCCCUAUGAAUGAUCAGCUUUCAGACUUAAAUUUCAAGUCUCCAAAUCCAGAUGUAACAAACAACUCAAAACCCAGUCUUUAUCCACAGAUGGAUUUGCUAAACUUGGAAAAUACAGAGAUACCCGUGUUUGCCCAAAGGACCAGCCAAAACCUCGCCUCAGGUCAUACAUAUGAUAAUUUUCCGGAACAUUUUAAUCCUGUAUUACUACAGCCAGUUAGUCUACAGACUGUUGCAGCAACACCAGCAAACCAGAGGCUUCCAUCUUUGCCCAGUAAUCAUCCAGCGAUGACGAAGAAUGAUCUCCAGUCACCCAAUUACUACGAGGUAAUGGAGUUUGAUCCCUUAGCUCCUGCUGUCACUGCAGAAGCUAUUUAUGAAGAAAUUGAUGUUCAUCACCACAAAGAAACUAAAAGUCAUAGUGACUGUUGAGGUGAAAAUGGCUGAUCAGCUCGCUAGCUACAUUGGAGGUGCCAGCUCUCUAAAGGGUAGACCCUGUCCAGCUUUGAGGCCUGGAAGACAAGACCUACCAACAUGUCAAAGCCAUAGUAGAACAUUUCUCCUCUGCUAUAAUUAAGUUUAAAGAGAAGAGUAACAGUUCCAGGGUAACAUUUAUGGUUCCUUAUAACAGCUUGAGAUUAUUUCAGUAGAACCUGGUUGUAACAAAUAUUCACUUCAGAAGAAAAAUUAUGUAGUUCUUAGGAGAACAAGUUUAAUUAGUGUCUUAUGUGUCCCAGGCCCUCUUACAUUUAGAAAAGAAAUCAUCACAGAGCUGUGAUAAGAGUAGGUUAAGAUUAUUUUACUGCAAAAUUCUGAAUAGAUGUAAACAUGAAAUGUGAGAAACUAAGUGUAUUAUUCAGGAAGAAUACUGAGUGCCUUCCUUUAAAGUUGAAUGUAAAAGUCAAUUUGCACUUCUUUAUAAAUACUGCUCUGGUUUAGAAUUAUGAAUUAUAAAAGCAUUGAUGAUUGAGUUUAAUUAUAUUUCAGAUGUCCUGAACAGGU